UUCCUCGCAUUUGACUUUUGUACUCGCGCUCGCUUGCAGUCGUUGUUGCUUAGUCGCGCGUGUCUUUCCUGAGCUUUCGUCUCUUGCGGCGCUUGCGAAUUCGUGCCCGACGACUAACGUACAUGCUUGUUACGCGCUUGUUUUUAUCGUGCGAUUCUAGGUGCCAGAUUAUUAGCUUGCCGCAGCCAUGACUUCCGUAGUUCAAGUACCGAAAGAAAAUCUGACCUCGCAAGAUAUCGGACGGAGAAAUGCGGUGCCAAUCAUCUGCACUCGAGGAACUCACUAUGAGAUCGGAUUUGACAUCGGACGCACGUUUUCCAAGAUGAUCGGCGACUUUGUCGAGCGCUACAGGCCGCUGCAGGAUAAUUACCUCGGCAUGUACGAGACGAGCGAGGGUCGCAGAGUCUACGAGGAGACGCUGGCCUGUGUGCGCGAGCAGUACCCUCAGUACGUGCGCGAGAUCGAGGGUACCGCCGAUGGUUCCGGAGUCCCCUUUUACAAGCUAUUUCUCAUGCACCUCGACGACAUCGUGCCGAAUGUCGCAGACAAUGGAGCUCAGGGCAACGAUCAGCCGGUCGGUUGCUCGUCCAUCGUUUGCAAUCAGCCUGGACAGGAAAUACUGGGUCACAACGAGGAUGCCUUGGCAGAGACACUGAACCAUUGGUACAUAGUCGACGCCCACGUGCAGGAGCCGGACCUCCCGGAAGAGAAGUUCACCUCGCUUAGUUACGCGGGAUUUUUGCCGGGCUACACAAUGGGCUACAAUUAUCACGGCCUCGUUUACUGCAUCAACACCUUGAGUGCCAAAACGCUUCGUUCUGGAAAAACUCCGCGUUACUUCAUGACGAGAGCUCUGCUAGGUGUCGAGAACUACGUCCAAGCGCAGGAAGUGUUGCGCAACGAGGGCUACGGUGCCGCCGAGGGCUUCUCCGUCAACAUGACGUUUUUGCUGCAAGACGGCGAUCGGAUGUUUCACAACGCCGAGAUCGGGCCUUGCGAAACCGACAUGGCUUGUUCGCAGCUCAACGUCCAGACCGCCAGUCCGGGCGAAUAUUUUUAUCAUUGCAACAAAUAUAUGCGCUUGAAGGUGCCAGAAGUCAAUGGUUUAAUCAUCGACAGUAGCAUUCACAGGAUGCAAGCGAUCGAGAGACAUCCACCCCCCAAGACCGUUCAACACGUCAUCGACAUAUUAAGCGAUCAGACUGAUGAUGAUUUCAGAGUUUAUCAGGAAAUAAGGCCAGAAGAUCACGUUAAAACUAUUGCCACUGGAAUCUUCGAUUGCAUUGCACGAACUUGGUCGAUCUACACCGACAAACCCAACUGUAACAAGCCAAUAGUGGUGCUACCUUUGCAUAUCAAAAAUUGCGAAACUGUUUGCUGCAAGAGACCCUGAAUAUUGCAUUUAUAAAGUUCUUUGUUCUGCUUGUCUUUGAUGCUCUAAGAACAAAAUUUCAAUGCAUUUCGUUACAUUACUGAGUGCUUAAGUACUUAACUUUUGAAUAAUAUUAUUUUCCUAGGACAAAUAGCUUUUUUCAUUAGAAAAUUUUUAAGUCAAACGUUUUGUAAAAUUUCAAGGUAUUUAUUUCAACACCACUUUUCUUUUGUUUUACACAAAUGAGAUUUAAACAAAUUAAAAUUCGUACAAAAUAAAUUUCAAGAUCAAUCUAUAAAUUUUUCUCAAAAUGAUUUCUAGUAAUACUAUGUGAAGAAAUUAUUUUUAUCAUAACCUUAAUGAUCUAUGUAAUAUUUUGGAAACUAUGUUAUUUAUACUAAUAAUAAGGUUCGUGAUAGUGAGAACAUUUUUCAAAUUUAUGAAUCAUUGAUUAUGAAAAUAGAUGCAUUAUAAGCAGUAUGUUAUAAAUUUUGAAAAUAAAAUACUUGAAAA